AUGGCUUCUUAUGGAACCAUGCAGAGGCCAGGUACCUCCUCAACUUCACCUCCAUUGACUCAGCCUGACGACUCCAAAGACACAGCACGUAAGAAGCGCAAUGACUUCAAGCUCCUUUGCCCCUUCAACAUCCCCAUAAGCCCAGAAGCUGCCGCUGUCCGAAUUAUCAGAAACUUAAGGUAUUUCGGAUUAUACUACACACUCUUUGUAUGGAUUAUACUCUUCAUAAGCCUUGUUCCCAGGCGCAAAGUUUCCUUAAUUCUCUUGGUGGUCAUGACAAUUGUGACAUCCUUGUACCUAACAUUACUGCGUGCACUGCCUAAUUCUGUUGUCCUACAUAGAAUUAUUGACAAAAGACUAGUACUGUCUUUGCUAGCCAUUGGGACUGCGGUUGAGCUCAUUUUGACAAGGGCAGCUAUACAUCUUGUUGUUAGCUUAGCUUGUGGAAUACCAAUAGUUUUGGUUCAUGCAGUUUUACGGGUUAGUGAUGAUCUUUUUGUGGGUGAGGAGGCUUGUGCUGCUGGGGAAUUGGUUCCUCUUGUACAUGGGAAAACUGGUGAUGUUGAUAUUGAAUCUCCAGCUUCUGUUUGA